AUGACCUUCCCUUUCCCAGCUAUUUAUCACAUGGUCAUCAUGACAGCAGAGUUCCUCAUAGGGGCUACAGUGAAUGGAUUCCUUAUCAUUGUGAAUUGCUAUAACUUGUUCAAGAUCCGAAGGUUCCUGAUUCUGCAGACCCUCUUGAUGUGCACAGGGCUGUCCAGACUCGGGCUGCAGAUAAUGCUGAUGACACAAAGCUUCUUCUCUGUGUUCUUUCCAUACUCGUAUGAGGAAAAUAUUUAUAGUUCACAGAUAAUGUUCAUUUGGAUGUUCUUCAGCUCAAUUGGCCUCUGGUUUGCCACAUGUCUAUCUGUCUUUUACUGUCUCAAGAUCUCAGGCUUCACUCAGCCCUGGUUUCUUUGGCUGAAAUUCAGAAUUUCAAAGCUCAUAUUUUGGCUGCUUCUGGGCAGUUUGCUGGCCUCUUUGAGUACUGCAACUGUGUGUAUCGAGGUAGGUUUCCCUUUAAUUGAGGAUGGGUAUGUCCCGAGAAACACAAUACUAAAUAUAAGUAAUGUCAAGAUAAUGAGAAAGAAUGCCUUGCUCCUUGUUAACCUGACCUUAUUGCUUCCCCUAACUGUGUUUGUGAUGUGCACGUCUAUGUUAUUCAUCUCUCUCUACAAGCACAUGUACCGGAUGCAAAGCGAAUCUCACAAGCUGUCGAAUGCCAGAACUGAAGCCCAUAUAAAUGCAUUAAAAACAGUGACAACAUUCUUCUGUUUCUUUGUUUCUUACUUUGCUGCCUUUAUGGCAAAUAUGACAUUUAGAAUUCCAUACAGAAGUCAUCAGUUCUUUGUGGUGAAGGAAAUCAUGGCUGCAUAUCCUGCCGGCCACUCCGUCAUAAUCAUCAUGAGUAACUCUAAGUUCAAAGACUUAUUCAGGAGAAUGAUCUGUCUAGAGAAGGAAGAGGGAGAAGGAGACUGA